AUGAGCACAGCACAAGCCCCAGAAGAAGCUCCACCCAAUGCUGGCAUCGAAGUCGACGAGGAUGAAGCCGACUCGGCCCUGGGAGACGACGACAUAUCCACUUACACCGAGACGGUCAGGUCGAGUCUCUUCCAGGGUGUCCAGGAAAAUGGACGUCUCUAUCACAGGUACGGGGACAGCCUCUACAUCCUUCCCGAGGAUGAACGGGAGCAAAAGCGCCUCGACAUGCAGCACGUCAUGUUCCUGAGCGCACUCAAAGGGAAGUUGGUUCUAGCGCCUAUUGAAGAAGGCCGGGUCCAUGAAGUCCUCGACCUCGGAACGGGGACAGGAAUCUGGGCCAUCGAGUUCGCCGAUGCACAUCCCGAGUCUCUCGUCCUGGGAAUUGACAUCAGUCCUAUCCAACCACGCUCAAUACCGCCAAACGCAAAAUUCGAGGUCGAUGACUUCGACCAGCAGUGGACUUAUAACAAAAAGUUCGAUCUGAUUCACGCGCGGAUGCUACUUACCGCGAGCGCGGAUUUUCCUAGGUUAUUUCAACAAUCUUUUGAUGCCUUGCGGCCUGGCGGCUGGUUCGAGAUCCAGGACUUGUAUAUGCCGCUGCUGUGUGACGACGGUACAAUGCAAGGAACCGCCCUGGAGGAGUGGAACGAUAUAUACAUGGAAGCUUGCAGGAGAAUCAAGCGCGAUCCAUCAUGGACCGCCAAGUACAAAGACUGGUUAAUCCAAGCAGGAUUUGUCAACGUGAGAGAAGAAUUGUUCAGGUGGCCAGUCGGCCCCUGGGCCAGAGAUCCCUACCUCAAAGCCAUGGGUAUCUGGAAUCGGGCGAAUAUGCUCGAGGGCCUGGAUGGGUUCACUGUGCGACUGUGGACGAUGGCGCUCGGCAUGACGCCCGAAGAGGUGCAGUUGUUCCUGGUGCAGGUGAGGAAAGAUCUCAAGGACCGAAGAAUCCAUUCGUACUGGCCCAUGUAA